AUGCGUGAGAAGGUCUGGCAGGUGGUGCGCAGCUACUUCCGCCGGGAGUUUGUCAACUGCCUUGACGACAUUGUGAUCUUCCGCAAGCUGGGGUUUGGGGAGCACCACGACACCGUCGAUCUUAUUUUUACGGAGAUGAGCAGGCGACUGAAGUCCCAGGACAUCUUGCUUGGAAUGACCGAGGAGGCGAAGUUGUUUUUUUUUCUGGUGAAUGACUUUGACGUUGAAAUGGGCGCCCGCCCGCUGCGCUGUUGUGCUGAGAAAUACAUCGCCACCGAGGUGAGCCGCGUGAUUCUUGUGCAGCUGCUUCUGCCGAAUAUCGUUGUGAGGGUGUUGGUGAGCAGCAGCCAGGGCAAGCUUGCAUUCAGCGUGAAGCGCUCUUCAGUGGCGUAG